AGUGGCACUCGCGCGAGCUGCAAGCUAGAAUAAAAGCGUCUCUUCAACAUUGUUCACCAUAACGCACGGUUUUCCGAUUAUUGUUUUUACCGUAAUAGCUUUUUCACUAGAGCACAUAAAGGGAAAUUUGUGGGUAAAAACUCGUGAGUCUCGCUUGCUGUAUUGUACACUACUGUACACGGUCAUGCGCUCCCGUUGCGCGCAGCGGCGUGUCCCAUGUUCGUGUCGCUGAGAUCAGCGCAUCAGUUGCUCCGGUUUUCUCGCGCUGUCCUCUCUCCCUGCUGUCCCUGUUGUCCCUGUCUACCUGUACUAAACUGUGCUAACACCUGGAGCUCUCGCAUACCAGAAGAAAUCCCUGGAGACGCUUACGCUGAAAUGGGUCGCAAAGAGGCCGACUACAAUUGGAAGAAGAGCACUGAUAACAUUCAAGAUGUAUUUGACUUCAUAGAGGUGCUUGGAUCGGGAGCAUUCUCUGAGGUGUUCAUGGUGAAGGAGAGAAAAACAGGAAAGCUGUUUGCCAUUAAGUGUGUGAAGAAAAAGAACAAAAAGGACCACAACUUGGAGAACGAGAUUGCAGUGUUAAGGAGGAUUAAACAUGAAAAUGUUGUGGGGUUGGAAGAUCUCUAUGAAAGCCGCACUCAUUACUAUCUUGUCAUGCAGCUCGUUUCAGGAGGUGAGCUGUUUGAUCGUAUCCUGGACCGGGGAGUGUACUCAGAGAAGGAUGCUAGCUUAGUGAUAAGACAGGUGCUGGAGGGAGUUAACUACCUGCAUAAGAAUGGCAUAGUACAUCGUGAUCUCAAGCCUGAGAACUUGUUGUACUACAGUCCAGAUGAAAAGUCCAAGAUAAUGAUAAGCGAUUUUGGACUUUCAAAGAUGGAGGACAAGGGCAUCAUGUCCACAGCCUGUGGUACCCCAGGCUAUGUGGCUCCAGAGGUGUUAGCUCAGAAGCCCUACAGUAAAGCAGUGGAUUGCUGGUCUAUUGGAGUCAUUACCUACAUUCUUCUCUGUGGAUAUCCUCCGUUUUAUGAAGAAUCAGAGACUCGUCUUUUCUCGAAGAUUAUGAAAGCUCAGUAUGAGUUUGACUCUCCUUUCUGGGAUGACAUCUCGGAAUCUGCAAAGGACUUCAUCCGAAACAUGAUGCAGAAGAAUCCUAAUUUGCGCUACACAACAGAGCAAGCUCUGAGACAUCCAUGGAUCAUCGGGAAAACCGCCCAAAACCGUGAUAUCUACCAUUCUGUCAGUGUGCAGAUCCAGAAGAACUUUGCCAAAUCCAAGUGGAAGCAAGCGUUCAAUGCUACAGUGGCCAUCAACCACAUGAAGAAGCUACAGCUCGCCCAUGGUGAGUCCUCGGUCAAACAGAGCCUGAAACAGAUUCAGUUGCCUGAUAUCAAAGUCAUUUCAACGUCUCACACUGAAGCAAUAGACAACAAUCCAAUCCAUGACAAUCAAGAACCCAACGGCAAUCUGCCUUGCAGUCAUAUUACAGUGCCAUCUGUUUCCAUGGAAACAAAGACUCAGUACCUAUUGCCGAAGGUCAGCCAUAGUGUUACGCUUACAGUUACUGAGAAGACCAAACACGUGUACCACUCCGAACCAGGAAACCUGAAUAGGUAUGAGAAGACCAACCACAGUGUGGAGAAAAUACAGACCGGUGUCUGCUGUGUCAUGUGACUGGCCAUUGCAGCAUUAUGAAUGGACUUUAAUAGGAUGUGCAUGUGUUUGCAGAUCUGUGACCUGUCUUGAAGCUGGCAUGCUUUGGGGUUUUUGCUCCUUUGGGAUAUGGACUGAUACAAGACAGCUGAUUUGUUGCUUGUUGGUUUCACCAACGUGUUGGAGUUCAGAAGACUGCCUCCAUAUUGUCAUAUCCUCCCACAAAUGCAUAGACGUGACUGUACAUACAACAUGUGGAAGAUGACAUACAGUACCUUCAGAGACCAGAACAACAUUCUUAGGCCCCUGGUUGUAUUAUAGCACAAAGAUCUUGUUCCUCAGGACUGAUGUAACUCCAGCCCUGUGUAUUAUAUCUAUAAAGAUCACUCCAUUUUAUCCAGAACUUGUGUGCUCCAUAUUACAUUCAGAGUAUUGGUGAUGUGAUAUUUUUAUUAUUUAUUUCCUAAUAGUCUGUGAUUUGCUGUCAUAUUUAACUCUGAAUUGUUUAGGCCCUCUGGUUUUUGUCUCAGAGGAAAUACUGAAUUCAUUCAGUAGAUUUAAUUGCUGGACACAGAUGGGGAGACUGUGGUUGGCAAGCAAUCCCUCUUAACACUUCAUUAUAGUAAUAAUGAGAUUUUUUUUUUGCUUAAUGUACCUUAGAGCCAAAGUUUAUUUUUAUAAGAAAUAUAUUAUGAUUAUUAUGCAGAAUUGUGGAUGUUCUUUUAUAAUAACCUGUCUCAAUAUACCUACCAACAUAACAGAAUGUUUUUGAUAAUAACUGUUUGCCAAUGUACCUCCUGAAGUGUGGGCUUUUUGUAUAUACAUUUCUUAAGACUAUCAUGUGAGACAUAAUUAAUGAAUAAGUGUCCUAAUAUUUCAGGUUUGUGUUGAUGUCAACCCUUAAAAAAUAAAAUAAACUAAAAAAGUUU